UGUAGUCACGUGAUAUCAACAGUCUCUGUGGUGGUCGAAACGGGAAUACGGAGGGACUCUGAAAAUGAGGAAAAAAAGACUAAAACGAUUAAAAUGCUAGUUGAAGGUGGAGAGAUCACAUACUGCAACAUGCAACAUUUUACAUAUGGUGGUGUCCUCGUAGUCUCACGUCUCCUCACUAUAUGGAACUCAGUGCAUAGGAUGCAGCAGUAGACACACUGACAAGCCCUCAAGGAUAAUCUGAACGCAUUUGUCACCUCCGGAGACUUCAUCAUGGAUGGGAAGGCAAUUGUGUUCCGAGUCAAUGAAGGACAAGGCCCUGAGCUCCUCAAUCAGGUGUUCCUUGAGAAGGGCUGGCUGGAAUAUGACGAGACUACCCAGGAUGAGUACGACUGGAAUAUCUGGUGGAGGACAUCCAGGUUCAGGGCCUGUGAUUACGAACACUUGAUGCCAUGGCAACGGUUGAAUCACUAUCCUAAAUCCACGGGCAUUACGAGGAAAGAUUCUCUAGCUAGGAAUCUGAAACGUAUGAGAGGUGUAUAUGGAGCGGGUGUGUUCAAUUUUAGCCCGAUCGCUUUCAAUUUACCAAAUGACUAUACUAGAUAUGUAGCAGAGUAUAGCAAACUGAAGCAGAAUACUGAUUCGAAGACUCUUUUAUGGAUAUGCAAGCCUGCUGAUUUGUCACGUGGAAGGGGAAUAUUUCUUUUCAGAGAACUUUCUGAAUUACAAUAUGACUGCAGCGCUGUUGUUCAGCGAUACAUCGCCAACCCUCUUCUUAUAUCAGGGUACAAAUUCGAUAUGAGGAUUUACGUUGCUGUUCCGUCCUUUCAUCCAUUGUCUGUGUAUAUAUACCAGGAAGGGAUUGUCAGAUUCAGUACUGAAAAGUUUGAUCUCAACAAUAUCAACAAUGUCUUUGCCCAUUUAACCAACACUUCCAUCAACAAGCACAGCCCCAGUUAUGGCACAGACAAAGGAAGGGUGGGACCAGGUUGCAAGUGGACUUUGAACCAACUACGCUACUAUUUCCAUCAAAACAACAUCAAAGAUGAAAAGAUGUGGAAGAGGAUUACCAACAUUGUAAUCCUAACACUCUUAACACAAGCAUCAAUGGUUUCCAAAGUGGACAACUGCUUCGAAAUGUAUGGUUUUGAUAUCCUUGUUGAUGAAAACUUAAAGCCAUGGCUCCUUGAGGUCAACUUUAGCCCGUCUUUGACCUCUGAUUGUCUGGCGGACAUCCUUGUGAAGAAACCACUGCUUCAUGACCUCAUGGACAUGAUGAACUUUAAGGAUGCUGAUGUUGAGCGUGGCGGUGAAGCAUUUCAUCGUCAUCAAAGUAAUAAAAGCCAUUCAAGUCUUAUCUCUGACCGAAAUACUUCAGUGAGCAGGUUAAGCCGAGGAAGCGGUGUUAACAAGUUGCCUUCAGUUCCCAACAGUAGUAGGAAGACUUCAGCCAAAGGUGAUCUUAAUAGCAAUGGGGACUACAGCAGAGGUUCUGGGUUCAUGUGUAUGGCUGAUGGGGACGAAGAAGCCAAUAAACCAAUAUUCGGCCUCCCUUUGGUUAACCAUUCUGAUGAUGAAGGAUAUCCUUCUGAUAAUGAUGAAAAGCCUCACACAAAAUCACCUCGGACUUUGAAAAAGGGCAAAUCUGAAACUAGUCUUCCAAAGAGUUCUUCCAGUGUGUCAGAUUCCAGAAUGAGAGAUGGCUGCAUACAGGACCCUAGGUCAGCCAGGUCAGACCAUGCUUCGGCCAUGAAAUCAGGAUACAAGCUACACAAGGUCCACAGUAAGGGUUCCUCAAUAUCGGACAGUGGAGUGUCUAGCUUCUCUGGCUGUAGUGAGAACUCAGACUUGAUGCCGUCAAGACAAGGUCAGAACUCAAGAGAUAGCAUCCCACCACUGUUUCUUCCAAUAGGGGCACCUGAUUCCUCCUCUAAUACUCCAGAGAAUGAAAAGAUUCCAAAAAGGACAGAGUCGGUUCAAAGAAAACCUUCUGUCAAGAGGUAUGGAUACGCAACCAGUUACAAGAAAAGCAGAAGAAGCCCCUUUAAGAGUGUGUCUCAGUUGACAACUGUUACAAAAGUGGGACGUAAUGCCUUCAUUGGCACAGCGAACAAUUUUGAAGUUGGAAAUCAAGCAGAGCCAGAUGAUGCAAGCCAAACAACGACCAGCUCUCCUACACCCACAAAAUUCAGUGUCAGGCGUAGACAGUCACAGAUAUCUGUUUCAGACACAUCUCAAAUUCGCAAGAGCACGACAGUGCCUAGAAACAAUGUCAGAUCUCUCAAUUCAGGUCCUUCUCCCAGUACACAGAAACAGUUCAAUGGAACUAGAAAACCAGCCCUUCGGCCUGGCAAAAAUCAUUUUGGCCUCACAAAACCUCCUGUUUCUAAAGGACCAAAGGAGGUCAUAGGGGAUUUUUACUUAGUGUUUCCUUUCAGUGAGGUGACAAGGAAAGCCAGUGCUGCAUCUCUUGAUGCUCGGUUGAUCAUUCGUGAGACUCAGAAGCUUCAAAAGGAGUCUUCGGGGAAAGGUGGAGGAGCUAGAGAAGCACCUCGGAUAUGGGGACCCUUGAAGAACUUGGAUGGUUCUUGAUGACGGACUGAUGAUAGGAAUACCCACCUCCUCUUGUCUGGCCCUAGCUGCAGGUUUAUGGUGCCUUCAUCAUCUGGACUAGAAGUUUCAGCAAGACGUGUCUGAUGCCACUUGGUAAACAUGUCAUUAGUUUACUAAUAGUCUUGUACUGAUGGACAGAAGUAGGGCAGCAGUUAGGCAGGGAAUUGUUUGUCUGACUACCAUUAUGUACCUGUACACUGAGCUUGUCACUAUGGUCAGUCUGUCCUAGAGUGUGGGAGUCAGGACAGUCGUAGUGCUGAGAGGACAAGAUCCUCUUAAGCUGGGUAGUGUCAAUUCUAACACUUCGUCUUGAUCUUGUUUGUUAUACAAGGCAAUAUGUCUAACAUAGCAGUAAUCUGUGCUUAUAAUGUUCCCUUAUUUCUUUCCUUCAGUAUAUGUUUAUACCAUGCGUAAUAUAAUGUACCUAGAAAUUAUUAUCUGAAAAUUAAACAUAAAUAUGAGAUAUUAGUAUGUUUUGAUAUUAUUAUUUUUGAAACCAUUGUAGGCAGAUUUUAUUUUUUUCAACUCUUUUCUAUAGUUUGAUUUUGUAUCAGGUAAAUGUUUAAACAUAAUGUCAUGCAUUUAUAACAAAAUAUUAUACUGUUUAAAAAUUGAUAAAACAUGUAAUAAUAAUCGCAUUUAUCAAGUGCAAGCAGUCACAUUGACCUAUUGUGAUAUCAAUGAGUUAGACAUAUAGGAUUUUAGUUUUCUUCUCUAUCUAGGUAAUAUUUUGUUAUUGAUUGAGAUAAGCUCAUGAUGAGUAUUUUGUAAAAUUUCACUAACAAUGUCAUACUCUGUUAAAUCCAGCAAUAUCAAUAAGUAUGACAUUCACAUUGUUUAUUAGUUUUUGUAUACAAUUAUAUUGAUGUGAAUAGCAAUUUAGAAAAUGAUGAUAACGUGUGUCGUUCAGAGUAUCUAUUUUUUUAGCAAUUUUGGGGUAGAAUAGGUCUUUAGCAACCCAUGCUUGCCAUAAAAGGCGACAAUGCUUGUCGUAAGAGGCGACUAAUGGGAUCGGGUAGUUAGGCUCGCUGACUUGG